UGGACUUUUGCGCCACGACUCCAAAUGCCAGCUUGCAAGCGCGAUCAUGACCGAAUCGAGCCAGAUUCAUAAAAUUUACAAACGUCAGCACAAACCGCCCAGCGACGACGAGGCAUCACAGACUCUAUCCACUUCUACCCAGCUACCAGACAUUCCAAUACCAACCUCUGGAUGAACCCUACCUAGCUCCAAAAUGAACACAACCUUCAACUCGGCGCUCAAACAGCGCACCACCAUCCGCAAAGACCUCUCCGCCCUCGCCACCCCCCCAACAAGCAGCGACCCACACCAACCGAACCCCCUCACCCCAGCCGCGCUCGGCUCGCUCUCGGCCUCCCUAACCGCCUUCGCGCGCACGGUGGACGAGUACAACACGCUCGCCAAACAAGAGCUGAAUUCAACCAAGCAAGACAAGGCCUUCGAGCGGAUCCGCGACUUCCGCGCCGAGCUCGCCGACUUCCGCGCCCGCUUCGACACCCUCAAGGCCGCCCGCGACGACGCCGCCCACGCCGACAACCGCGCCGAGCUGCUCGGCCGCCGGCCCUUUGCCGCGGCCACGCCCGAGAAUCCGUACGCUGGUGCCGGCGCCGCGGGGGCGGCGUCCGCGUCGGGGUAUGGGAUUGGGGUGGGUGGUGGUGGUGGGGGUGGGGGUGGGAGGGGCCAUGCGCGCACGACGAGCACGGCGGAGGCUGGGGGGUCUGGGGCUGGUGGGUUGGGGAUGGGGAGUGGUGAUGUGACGCGCGAGGGGCAUGCGCUACGGGAGCAGCAGUUCUUUGCCAACACGCACUCGGCGCUGGACGAUUAUAUUGCGCGCGGGCAGGCGGUGCUGGGCGACCUGGGCCAGCAGCGCGAGAUGCUCAAGUCGACGCAGCGGAGGCUGUACUCGGUGGGCAAUACGUUGGGGAUUUCCGGGGAUACGAUUCGCAUGAUUGAGCGCCGGGCGAAGGAGGAUAAGUGGAUCUUUGGGGCCGGGGUGGUGGUGUUUUUCUUGUUCUGCUGGCUGGUCGUGCAUUUUCUGCGGUAGCCUUGCUCUGUCUGCUGUGUUGUUGGAGGGGGUGCUUGUUUGUUCAUCUAGCGCGGAGUUUGGGCGUCGUCGGCGGUGCUUGCUGGUCAAUUGAAGUCUAUCAGGCAGUUGAUGCCAACC